AUUGACUUGAAUCCAGACUUCGACAAUCGAUCAAUCCCUUACUGUCAAGAGUCCCAGGACCGUUCAGUCAGUUCAGUUCAGGAGAAGAUCUCUCGAAGAUGGCCACCCUUUCGCUGGACGAAGAAGUCAGACUAUUCACGAACAAUGCUGAGCGAGAGAAGUACAAUCUCCUUGGUACCUUGUAUGGGAUCAUCGUCGCACUUGACUACCUCGAGCGCGCCUAUGUUCGUGAUGCAAUUACCGCAGCACAAUACUCUCCUGCGUGCACGCGUCUUCUCUCGCAGUAUAUGACCAUGCUCAAGCUUGUCAAGGAUUCCGUUCCUUCCAUUGAUCAGUUCAUGACACGGUAUCGGAUGGAUAACCCUGCCGCGUUACAUCGCAUACGAGUUGGCGUACCUGCGACUGUUGAACAUUCUAGUGAGGCGGGACCUGAGACUGGAAAGUGGAUUGCUGAGACGACACAGGAUCAACUUCACCCGAUCCUGCAAGAACUUGUCACAGGGUAUGCUAGGUUCAAGGGAAGCAAGGACUGGGAGGGACGGAGCAAAAUGGUCAGCUGGCUUAUUACCUUGAACAGCAUGAAGGCAUCCGAAGAAAUCACAGAAGAACAGUCCCGGCAGCUUUCAUUUGAUGUCGAACAUGCAUAUGCCGAAUUUUUCAGAAGUCUGAGCAGCGGUAAGGAGAGAUCGUAACGAAGGUGGUUAUACAGCCCUCGAUCAUUUAAUAUCCAGGCGGCUCCGCUUUGUUUUACAAAUAUGGGGCGCAAUCAAUGAUGUGAAAUCGCAGAGCCUUUGAGGACUAAACACAUUGUGUCUUGUCGUAUACAUGUGGCUUCAGUGAUUGACGCAGCAAGUGCUGUCCACUAGGACGUAUAUGAUCAAACAA